AUGGCUGAUGAGAAGGAAUUCGUGGAAUCUCAUCCCAGGCAACGAGACUGGCAGCAGAUCUCCGUUCCAUUUCUCUGGGAGGAGAGACCCGGUACACCAAAGAAAGAGUGGAUCUCCAAGCCAGUCCCCAUGAUCUCGGUCCCCUCUCCGGCAAGGCUUGUCGUGUCGGUUCCUUUCGAGUGGGAAGAGAAACCUGGAAAACCACUCCAGUUAUCACAGCCAUUGCCAGAUUCAUCACCCCUCCAUGCUCUUCACGGGCUGGCUGGCACUCCUCGUUCAGCUUAUCUGCUGAACCCUUCAAUUGAUGAAGAGGAAGGGGUUAUUGCUCCCUCAGGUUUCAAAGUGCUAGCUUCUGAAAUGAAUGAUGAUGAAUCUGGGUUGGCACCUUCUACUUUUCCCAGUCACCAUCUGACCGCAUGUGAAUCUUUCACAGAUGUGAAUGGUUCUCAGGAAGGUUCGAGCGAGAACAGCUCAAACCGGCAGGAAAACUGGUACUCCGUAUCGGAGACGGAUUGCAAUAGCAGUUCGAAUAACUCGGCAACACAUACUGCCAGCUUUGAUGCCUCAGUUGUGGAAUUCCUGUUCCCUCUGUCUUCUCCUGAUGCAGGUUUUCUUGACAAGGUCCAUGGGAAAGAUAGAGCUCUGAUUCCAGCUGCUGCUUGCCCAGAAUUGCAUCCAACAGCUUACAGUCACAAUCGCAGUGUCAUGCCCAGGAGAACAUUAACUCUGGGGGAACUCAUACUGUUGAGCCGCAAGUUAAGCUAUAAAAUGAAGCCAUUUGAUGUUAAGGAGAGAAGCCCCUUGAAGGUUCCUGCCAUUACGGCAGCUGCAUUUGAUUUUCCCGUCCCUGACCAAAAAGAUCGAGAACCUGCGGUCCAGCAAAUGCGAGUCACAAUGGACGAGAAUCUUGCAAAUUUUGAAGCAAUAGAUGACUCCCACUCUAAAGGCUGGAAAAGGGAGAUCUUUUGA